AUGCCCAAUUUCACUGAUGUGACAGAGUUUAUUCUUUUGGGAUUAACCAAAACUCAGGAAUGGCAAGUACUCUUCUUCAUCAUUUUCCUCAUCAUCUAUAUUAUCACCAUUGUGGACAAUAUUGGUAUGAUCAUGUUAAUUAAGGUCAGUUCACAGCUUAAUAGCCCUAUGUACUUUUUUCUCAGCCAUUUGUCAUUCAUUGAUGUUUGGUUUUCCUCCAAUGUCACCCCUGAAAUGCUGGAAAACCUGUUAUCAGAGACAAAAACUAUUUCUUAUGCUGGUUGUUUAGUGCAGUGUUUUUCCUUCAUUGCCCUUGUCCAUGUAGAAGUUUUUAUUCUUGCUGUGAUGGCCUUUGUUAGAUACAUGGCAAUAGGCAACCCUCUGCUCUACGGCAGUAAGAUGUCAAGGGUUGUUUGCAUUAGACUGAUUUCUUUCCCUUACAUAUAUGGUUUUCUGACUAGUCUGGCAGCAACGCUAUGGACAUAUGGCUUGUACUUCUGUGGGAAAAUUGAAAUCAACAACUUCUACUGUGCAGACCCACCUCUCAUCAAAAUGGCCUGUGCUGGGACCUUUGUAAAAGAAUAUUCAAUGAUCAUACCUGCGGGCAUUAACCUCAUGUACUCGCUGACUGUGGUUAUCAUUUCUUAUGUGUUCAUUGUCAUUGCCAUUCUACGGAUGCACUCAGUGGAAGGGAGGUGGAAGGCCUUCUCCACCUGUGGGUCCCAUCUGAUAGCUGUGUUCAUAUUUUAUGGGACUCUCAUCUUCAUGUAUCUCAGGCAUCCCACUGAGGAGUCUGUGGAGCAGGGGAAAAUGGUGGCCAUAUUUUACACCAUGGUGAUUCCCAUGCUGAACCCCAUGAUCUAUAGUCUAAGGAACAAGGAUGUAAAAGAAGCCAUGAACAAAGUGCCCAGCAAAAUAUGCUCAACAAAACAAAACUAA